UUCCUUGUAAUCUGACACAACAGUAUGGAGGAAUCAAUAGACCAACGAGAUGAGCAAAGAAAAUUUAACUACUGGGACAUCUUUAGGAAAGAUGUUUCAGCACAAAGAUUGACAAGAAAAUCAAGCUUAUCAGAUAAGAUUUUUAAAGGAUUGAAAUUAUUUGUGUAUGUCAUACUGUUUCUGUUGGUAUUUGGUGGUGCAAUAGUAUCCAGAGGGGCACUACAGAUUCUCACAGACCAGCUUUAUCUGGAACGCCAAACAAAUUAUACAGUAAACUUAGAAAAAGAUGCAAUAUCAUAUUUCCUCCUUUUUAUCAUAUCUAUACCAGAUGGUGUCAAGUUUAUUGUAUCUCUGAUGCAGUUUUUAUUUGGGAAAAGACAAUCCCCUUCUUGUAUUCAGUUGAUUGUUGUGAUUUUAAAAGAAUGCCUGCACUUCUUCUGUCUUGGCACGAUAGUCUUCAAGGUGAUGCCAUUAUUAAAUGCUGUCGAAGUGUGUGCCUAUCUGUCAGGAAUACCAUUAGUGCCUUCUUUUCUUCAUUCCAUAUCAUACAGGAAAAAAUGUUUGUUAGGAGGAAGACAUGUUUGUAAACAAAUGUUAAACAUUUUGUCUAUCAUCUUACAAGCGGCUGCCUUAUUUGCUGUUCCAAUAUACAAAGUGACCAAUGACCAGAUUUCUUCCACAGACGCAUUCCUGAUGAUUUUCUGUGCUUUUUGUUUCAGUGUCCGAUGGUUUGAGACAUACUUUAAAUAUUCUAGAGAGUCAAAAUUAUUUAAAAAACUGUUUGCUUAUGAAGAACGUGAAAAAACUCACGCAGCGUCCUCAUUGGUGACAAGUUUAUUCCGACUGGUGUUAGCCAUAGCUCUCUUUCCAACAUUUUUCUCUCCCGGGGUUACAAAUCCAGUAGAAACUUUCUCUUCCCCACAGUUAUCUGCAUUACAUUCAACUGCUGUCCCUACACCUUGCUUAGAUAUAUCAAAGAACACCACAAUCCAAUUACUAAACACAACAAUUCUUCCAUGUAACCUUCCAUCGUCUAAAGCUUUUGUUAACGAUUGGCUACUUAAUCCCUUUUUGAUUCAUUUUUUCACGAGUAUUGGACUGUUCUAUGGAGCAAUAAUAUCUACUAGACUCUGCAUGGACAAAGUAUGUUUUUGUAUAGCUUUAACUUUUGGAACACCGGUAUAUGUAACAGGAGUGUUUAUUGCACAUAUUAUAAAGGAACCAAACUGGAUUUCUAACACGCUUAUGUCAAAAGAAGUAACAGACACAGGGGUGUAUACCAUGCUAGUAGUGUUCGUAAUAGCUUGGUUGUCACAGCUUUGGACCUGCAGACAUAUCUGGUAUUCGUCACAUGAUAGAAUGGUUUUUGUAAGCAGACUGUUUGUUCUACCUCACUACUGUAGUCCUGUUGCUGACCUCUCCCUUCUUCACAGCAGACGACACAAAUCAAAACAUUUUGAAGAUAGAUACCAAGAAGACGAUUCUGUCAAAACAAAAGUAUAUAUAUGUGCAACGAUGUGGCACGAAAACAGAAUAGAGAUGAAACAGAUACUUAAAACUUUAUUCAGACUUGAUAUGGACCAGGCUGCACGAUCUAUAGCUAAGAAUGACGUGUCCUUAUCAGCCAGUACUGAAAGUGUUUUUGAAUCUGGACUGGACAAGAAAGCAGUUAUGAGAGACUACUAUGAAUUUGAAGCACAUAUAAUGUUUGAUGAUGCCAUGGAAACAACACAAGGAAAAGAAGGAGAAGGGAAGAAACGAGUACCAAAUGAGUUUGUUCAACAAUUAAUGGAAAUAAUGUCCGAAGCAGCCAUGGCCGUUUACCAGGUGCCAAUCAAUCUUGCACCUCCAGACAAGCUUGCUACUCCAUAUGGUGGACGUUUAGUAUGGACAUUUCCAGGAGAGAAUAAACUUGUGGUGCAUCUCAAAGAUAAAGAAAAAAUUAGACACAAGAAGAGAUGGUCACAGAUUAUGUACUUGUACUAUUUGAUUGGCUAUAAAUUAGUAAACAGUGAGAUACAGCAGAUGAAAGAAAAAGUGAAGGAAGAUUUUGAAAGUGUGCAGUCAAUUUUUGAAAGGCUUCCAGCAAAUCUGGUUCAACAGGCGGAGAACACCUAUGUUAUGGCUUUAGAUGGUGAUGUUGACUUUUCUCCAGAAGCAUUACAGCUACUCAUAGACAGAAUGAAGAAAAAUACGAAAGUUGGUGCGACAUGUGGUCGUAUUAAACCUGGAGGGUCUGGGCCAGUUGUGUGGUAUCAGAAAUUUGAAUAUGCAAUAGGACAUUGGUUACAGAAAUCAGCAGAGCAUGUUUUCGGUUGUGUGCUUUGUAGUCCUGGAUGUUUUAGUCUGUUUCGGGCAAAAGCUUUAAUGGAUGACAACAUCAUGAGAACAUAUGCUAAAUUACCAACAGAACCCAAACAUUAUUUGCAAUACGAUCAAGGUGAAGAUAGAUGGCUGUGCACGCUCAUGUUACAACAAGGUUAUCGUAUUGAAUACUGUGCAGCUGCAGAGGCAUUGACGUUUGCACCAGAGGAGUUCCGAGAGUUCUUCAACCAAAGAAGAAGAUGGAUGCCAUCUACUAUGGCAAAUAUAUUAGAUUUACUAAUGAGCUAUACUCAAACAACCAGAAACAAUCCGAACAUAUCAUACCUUUAUAUCUUUUACCAGAUUGUUUUGUUCCUGUCUUCCGUUUUGGGUCCGUCUACUGUAUUACUUGCAAUGCAAUCGGCUGUCAGAACUGUUUUCAGCACCUCGGCCGUAGUUGCAUACAUCGUUACAUAUGCACCAACAAUUCUAUUUAUUUUUAUUUGUUUAAAGUUCAAAUCACAGACACAGCUUACAAUAGCUAUGAUAUUGAGUGCAAUAUAUGCAAUGUUAAUGAUGGCGGUUAUAGUCGGAACCAUUGUAAACAUUUCAGAAGAAGGGUUUUUCACGCCGUCUGCUGUGUUUAUGUAUGUCUUAGUAGGUGUUUUUCUCAUAGCCGGACUUUUCCAUCCCCAUGAACUUACUGAUUUGUUUUGGGGAGUUCUUUAUUUCAUAUGCAUUCCUGCUGGUUAUCUAUUCUUGAUUAUCUACGCGAUUUGCAAUUUAAACAAUGUUUCUUGGGGAACAAGGGAAACUCAGACGGCUGUUUUAGAAAACCAAGUAAAAAAAACUCAAAAGAAGACGACUGAGGAUGAACUGGGUGUUGUUUCCGGCGAGGUCAUUGAGGAUAUUCUUAAGCAAGUUAAAACUAGCAAAAUCAAAGAUGCUUCAUGUCGAGAUUUAGUACCGUCAAUUUUUCAGUGGAUUAACAACUUGAUAAUCCUGCGUUCUUUAGAAAGCGUGGUAAGUAUUUUCAAAAAUGUUGAUGGAGAAGAAUAUGAUAACGCACCAUUGACGCAGAAAUCAAUGAGGCGGAAAAAGAGGAAAGAGUCGACAGAAGAGGAUAUUGCAGUUGACGAUGAUUCUUGGGCAGACCAACAUGGUACAAUCAAACGCCUUAAACAGGAUGAAAUAAACUUUUGGAAUGAACUGAUUGUAAACUACCUUAAACCGUUGAAUCAAGAUAAAAAGAAAGAAAAGGCAGUUGCUGAAAGUCUGAAAGACUUCAGAAAUAAAGUAGCUUUCGCAUUCUUCUUCGUAAAUGGUCUAUGGCUUGUUAUUAUGACGGCAAUGAAUGAAGUUAAAGCCGUUUUGAAUAUUAAUAUACCAACAGUUGAUGGAAGUACAAUUACUAUAGAACCACUUGGACUUCUAUUUUUAGUCAUAUUCGCAAUUUUGUUAUUUAUGCAAUUUUUUGGUAUGAUCCGUCACCGAUAUGGAACAUUCUUGCAACUUCUUGCUGCAACACAUUUACGAAGUAAAGAUUCUGAUCCAGAAUCCGUCAUUCAGAAAAUUAAAGAAAUAUCUGUUUCUUCGGAACCGGACUUCGUUGUUCAUAGUAAUAGAAAACCCGGCAGUAAAUCAUACGAGACAAAUAUCUCACCGGAAGAAAUAGACGAUAUCUAUGAAAAUUUUACUCACCACACGGAGGCGAAAAAUAUGGGAAAGUCUAUCAAAAGACCAGGCCCAAAAUCAAGGAACAAUCCUUUAGAUUUGAAAAAGACGUUCCGACAAAACGUUCGUCGCAUGACGCGUAACACCAAAGACCACAAAAUGAGAAUUUCCUCAGAUAGCGAAGAAAGGUUAUAAAUCCUGAUAAACGUGAUGUUAAUAGAAGCUGCUGAUAUGUAAUUUUUUUCUCAACUUACACUGACUGACCAGUUGAAAUGUAGAAAAGUUAAUGCUUGAACAAAAGAUUUCAUUGUGUGCUAAACCAUUUACUGGUACAUCCAGUACCAAUAUGAUAAUAACAGACGGUGCAUAUAUAUCAUUCAUUAAAUAUAUUUAAUAAAAUUAUACAUUCGCGAACUUCGAACAGGCUUUUCAGUCUAGUGUAUGUUUAGGUUUUUUAAAUGAUCCACUUACGAUAGUAAAAUAGCAUAAUGUCAUCGAUUGGUUAAUGCAUCACUCUGUUUAUCCUUCCCGUAUCAGUUUCACUGGUUGGCUAUAAAUGGUUCACCAUGAAGUUGUGCUAACUUUUAAAAGAAUAUGUCCAAUUAAGGUUAUGACAUAGAUAUCUACGGUAUACGUACAAAAGAAAUGAGAUAGCGCGUGGAUGUGCCCUGUGCGAAAUUAUACUUCUUAAUAUAAAUUUUAUUUAGCGAGAUUGUAACAUUUAUUUAUCAUAUCUCGCUUGUUACAAAUUUCACUAAGAGUCCAAGCUUCUCUUGAUUUACCCUAUUACAGGCCACUCAUUAUCCAUUAACUUAUGAAAAUGCACCUUUUUACUUUCAAUGAUAUGUAUAAAUACCAUUAUAAAUGCUGUAAUCUAGAUAUGCUUUAUAUAUGUUAUAACUUUCAGUUGUAUCCAAUAAAAUUAUACUAACAUUUCUCACUAA